AUGGCACAUUCAUUGUUUUUUAGGAACCAUGGGGCAUUUGAUAAUGUAAUAUUUGAAUUUAUUUUCCAGAACUGGGGCAAUGUUUGGCCGGGACCAAGAUCUUUUCAUCCUUCGUCUGUGCCACUUCCAAUACGCCAAGGGUAUGUCCCUAAAGGCCAAGUACCACCUGGCAAAAAAGCUAAUGCAGAACUUAUGAAAAUACCCAACUUUCUGCAUCUCACCCCACCAGUUAUAAAAAUGCAGUGCGAAGCAAUCAAAAAAUUUUGCACAGAAUGGCCAAAAAUGUUAAAUUCAGAGCAAGCGAUUGAACAACAUUAUCCAGUUGAAGUUAUAACAUCUGAUUAUUGUCAUGCAAGUCCAACUAUUCGUAAUCCACUCGCACGAAUUGUGACAUUAAGAGUUAAAUUGUCAAGCUUGGAGUUAGAUAAGCAUGCGAAGGACAAGUUUUUGAGAUUAGUCGGUGAUCGUUAUGACAAAGAAACCGACUUGGUCACAUUCACAGCCGAUCGGUGCCCUAUGAGGAAACAGAAUUUGGACUAUGUCAACUACUUAUUGACAGCAACAUUUCAUGAGUCAUGGGCUGUUGAGGAUUGGGAGAAGCAGAAAAGCGAAGAAGAUAUGGAGUAUUACAAUUGGGAUAAUAAUAAGUCUAAGCGGAACCUUAUUGAUUGGUAUUUAAAAGUGAAAAACGAAGAUAGAUUAUUGACUGAUGAUGAAUAUAAAAGUUUUGAUGUGUCGGAGAUACCUCAUGCGAAUGAAUAUAAGGAAACAGUGUCAGAUUUGUUUAAUGUUGGUGAAAAUAAGGAAACACUGAGUAGAUAUGAUACUGUUGUAAGAAAACUCCUCGGUUUGCCGGAGAAGAAGUGUUAAUUAAUAAAUAUAGAACGAUAAUAAAUAUAGAACAAUA